CUACGUUGUUGCAGAGUCACUGCGACGCUUUGACUGUAAACAAGCUGCAAACAGGGGCAAUUCGUGAAUUAGUCUGAAACACUGACCCGUCGGUCGCUACUGUUAUUCGCAAAUAAUUUAGUUCGUGAUUCGUUCUAUUAAACGAGUCUAGUUUUGCCAGUGUUCCGUUUCCCCUGAGACACUGAUCGUGUUUUCACGGAGAGAGUUUAGACCUAGCUGCCUCUGCUAGCGACACAGACACUGUAGCUAGCUCCCCUUGGUUGCCUGUCGCUAGCCUUGCUCGCUGCUCAUCUCCCGAAGAAAAUAUCCUGUAUGUCCGGGGCUUGUCUUUUUCUCUGUGCUUUGACAAGAAUAACCUGAAUCCUGGGUGGCUGGUCGGAGCAGCCUCCGCCCACCAUGGAGGCAGGAGGCAAAGACUGUGAGGAAGAGACGCUGCAGACGGCAUUUAAAAAGCUGAGGGUUGAUGCUGAGAGUCUACCUGGAGCCGCGAGCGUUUCGGAGGCGUUGACUCCCAGAACAACAUCUCGAGUUUGUCUCGACGGCAGCGGGGCGAAGUCCAAACUCGGCUGCCCGAAGGACAACUGGCACUGCUGCACGAGAAAAACACGAGGAGCAUCCAGAACCCAGCGCCGUCGUAGGUCCAAGUCCCCCAUCCUCCACCCGCCAAGGUUCACCUACUGUAGCUCCGCCACAACCUCAGCGUUGUCGCCACCUGCUGGCUGCCUGAAGCACCGUCACCCAGUCGUCCCAGAGGCUCCAGAACCUCGUCCUGCUGCCGAUGAAUUGACCAGCUCCUCUCUGACCCCCCCGGCCCAGACGGAGCUGUGCUGCUCCGGUACGUCUGGAAACAUUUCCCCUCUGCUGUUUGGAUCUUGUGGUGGUUAUGACACACAGCUCCAGGGCGUGGUUUCCUCUCCAUCCUUGCCAGAGGUCACUACAGCAACAGCCUCCAGGUGGGAUGGGGGUAACUCUGGGGAUGUCCGGUCCAGUGAGGGGGGCAGUCUGGUUAAAAGUGCCUGUGAAGGAGCAGAGUCUGGAGCUGCAGAAGCUGCAGAUUUUCGAGCUUUAUCCGAGCUCCACCGUCGCGGCUCCUGCUCCUGUUCCCACAGAAGUGCUUCAGAUUCCCAGGAAGAGAGCGUGCAGGAGCCCAGACUUCCGUGCAGCUGCAGGUCCCAUCGUCAGGGCUGGAACGGCAUGGAGGUGUACUCCUUCACCGGGCUCCGCGGCGUCAUCUCCGAGUGUGAAAGGAGCUUACCGAGCCACGAGGAUGCAUGCAGAACUCUCAGCAGUAACGCCACAGCUUCCUCGCCUUCAUCUUCAUCACCAGCGCUGUCGUCGGGCUCUCCUCGGUCGUGCUCCGAGCAGGCACGAGCUUACGUGGAUGACAUCACAAUAGAGGACCUUUCUGGCUACAUGGAAUAUUAUCUCUACAUUCCCAAGAAGAUGUCACACAUGGCUGAGAUGAUGUACACUUAGUUAAUGACGAUCAGGUCAGAAAUAAUAGAGAUUAGAUGGGUUGUCUUCCUUUUUUCUGUUGAAUGUCAGGAGCAGAUUGGGAAAUCAAUCAAACCCUGGUAAAAAUGCCUUCUCCUCUGUUAACCACGACUAAAAGAUGUUACGGCCAACUUGUUUCUCAUUAGUUUUGACUUCUCUCCCAUUUUGUGCUCGAAUCAGUUUUCUUUCUGAAUUUGAAGUUUACAAAUCAAGUUGCCAAAGCUCUGGAAAGUCACCUGUCUGAACGUCAAUUAACUCAAUAAAAAGAUGUUUUUGUUUGAA